GUGACUUGCUCUCAUAGCUGCUAAAGAGAAUUUCUUCAAGCUUCUCGUUAAGUUCUUUAAAAGAGACAUGGCACAAACAGGACUUAGGAUUUUUCUACUCAUAAGCAUACUACUGCUGGAUCAGACCAUCAGCCAGGCUUCCAAAUUCAAAGCCAGGAAGCACAGCAAACGUAGAGUGAAAGAAAAAGAUGACCUAAAGACCCAGAUUGACAAAUUGUGGCGAGAAGUAAAUGCUCUGAAAGAAAUGCAAGCACUUCAGACAGUCUGUCUUCGUGGGACAAAGGCCCAUAAGAAGUGCUACCUCAUAUCAGAGGGUACCAAACAUUUUCAUGAAGCCAACGAAGACUGCAUAGCCAAGGGAGGGACACUGGCGAUCCCAAGGAAUAACGAUGAAACAAACACUCUUCGAGAUUAUGGCAAGAAAAGCAUGCCUAGAGUGUCUGAGUUUUGGUUGGGUGUCACUGACAUGAUAAACGAAGGGAAAUUUGUUGAUGUCAAUGGUAUGGCUCUACAGUACUUCAACUGGGAUCGUGCCCAGCCCAAUGGGGGGAAGCGUGAAAACUGUGUCUUUUUUUCUCAGUCAUCUCAAGGCAAGUGGGUGGAUGAAGCCUGCCAUACUGCUAAAAGAUAUAUUUGUGAAUUUCUGAUCCCAUAAUUACAUGCACAAAUGACCAUGGCCAUGUUUUGGGAUAUUAACAUUUGGUUUUGCUUGUUAGUAACCCCUCCCACUUAGACAGUGGUGAGUUAAAAAUACCCAUUUCCUGCAUUGUACUCACUCUUUCCUGAAACAGAAGUUUUCUUUAUUAAUUUAUUUUCUAUUCAGAUGCUAAAAUGUUAUGUUUAGUGAGUGCUCUCAUUAUGUAUAGGAAUAUAUAUUAUGUUUUGAUCUAUUUUGUAUCAUAUUUUGGCAUAUUAUUUCAGCCUGAUGUUCAGGUUGCUGGAAUUCACCUCCUAUUCUGUACUUUGCAUCUCCAUGGUAGAAUAGUACUUACUUGAAUACAGAACUCUAGUGAAUUUAUUGGAAGUUUACAAAAGAUUGCUGUAUGGUGACAUGUGCCAAUAUCAGGUGUAGGAAUCCUUUCAGUUCCAGUACUUAAGAGGGACUUUGGGAUUAUGGGAGGUCCUGUGAAAAACGGCCAUGGCCCUUAUAGAGUUUAAUAUGAUGGAUCUGUGACCAAGAGUUUUACCUAUGGGUUAACAAAGCCAAAUGAAACAGAAAAAUCUGAUGUUAAUUUUUAAACUGCAUGGAGUAAAAAGUGAUACACUGUUAGAAAAUGGGGGAAGUAACUGUUCUAAAACAUCAGUUAGUCUAAACAUGUUUGCUUUUAAAUGUCUCAAUUAUGGUUAAAUAUUAGAUGUCAUUUGGAACAUUCCCGUAGAAGAAACCAACGUGGGACUAGAUCAUACUUCUACUAUGCAAUGCCUUAAUAAGACUUGCAAAAGCCUUCUCUCCUGCAGGAUCAGAAAAAGGCUUUAUAAUUCAGGCAGUAACACCUGCCUGACAGCACAAGUAGAGAGGCUGGAUCCCUUUUCUGGGCACAAUAUCACUGUUCAUUCACCUCUCUCUCCACAUGGCAGGCAGUAUACCCAAUUGGCACAAAAGAGUGGGGCCAAACCACAGCUCGUUAGCUCAUUUGGCCACAUGAAAAUUUUCCCCAUUUAACACCUGACAUUUGAAAAUUAAGUAAAAUGUGCUGUUUAUUUUUUGCUGUUCUUAGCCUCGCAAUAGAGAUUUGCCUUUAUGUUAUAAAUAGUGGUUCCUCUCUUGUGUGAAGGAAUUUCAUUCAAGUAUUUAAAUAUAUUGCUGUUAGGGGGCUAAUUCCUACUUUUUAUCUUAUAGUUGUGCAAAAUUUUCUAAAGUAUGCAAUAAAUUUGUGGCUACUGGUAUUUAA